AUGUUUGAAAAAUUAAUGAAAGCAUCCGAUAUACUUUCACCAUCUGUUACAAAAUUACUUCAAAAAUCUGGAUUACCUCUUGAAGAAAAAGAAUUUCUAAGAUUAACAAAUCCAGAUGAUAUUCAAGUUGAAGCUAAUUAUCGAGGACCACGUAUCGAAAGUCCAAUUAAGAGAAGUGUUUUUGUUGAUUUAAUUGAAGCUUUUCAAAAAGGAGAAAUUUUACAUGAAAAAUAUGUCUAUGUAAUUCUUCAUCAAGCACAUGUUAUACUUAAAACAUUACCAAAUGUGAAUCAUAUUAAUUUGUCUAAUUUACAUCAUAUAUUUAUUAUUGGUGAUCUUCACGGACAAUUACCUGAUUUAUUACAUAUAUUUAAUGUGAAUGGACUACCUGCUACUGAUAAUCCAUAUAUAUUCAAUCAUGGAUGGCGCAAGAUCAGUUUUGUAGGGGUAGCAAUAAACUGUUAA